AUGGCGAUGCAAUAUCGGCCCCAAACUUACUAUCCUUAUGGACAACCUCAGUGGCCUGAGGACGUCAAACCCGCUCUCACCGAAGACGAUUCCUCCUCGAUUCUCGACGACAAGGUCUUUGAAUCCUCUACCCCCGCCGAUAUGACGGCUACCGAUGCCUCUGACAAUCGACGUGCCUCAAUUACAAAGCUGGAGGAGGAUUAUCCUGCAUCGGCCCAUGUCUGGCAGGAGAGACCUCAUGGUGUCAUGGGACCUACCCGCCAUUACUCGCAAUCCUCGCUCCCAAUGUCGAAUCCCAAUGGCCAAUUUUUCAGUCAGAUGAACACUGCAAACUGCGGUCCCGGCUUCAUGCAAAACCAACAGUGGGCAUUGUCGGCGCGGUCUGAGGCCAGCACUCCUACUCCCUUCUUCGGUCCGGUCCAAGAGCCCUUUGAGCAGCAGGUUCAGUAUCCCGGCGGACCUGUCACCUUCUCGGGUUUCUCCCAGCAAGACCCCGCCUCGGCCGUUUCCAUGUCGCCGCAGUCUAGCCAAGGCGGUUGGGCUUCGACAACUUCGUCGGAUGCUGCCGAGACAAGCCGCAUUCUACGGCACAGAUACAGACCUGCGUCCCCACUACUAGUGUUGAGGUCCGAUGGUAUCAGGAAGAAGAAUGCCAAAUUCGAGAUCCCUCCCGAGCGAAACAUCAACACCAUUGAUGCCUUGAUCAAUCAGGCCACAAACGAAGACGAGAAAAAGGAGUUGAAACAGCAGAAACGAUUACUGCGAAACCGACAGGCAGCACUUGAUUCUCGCAUGCGCAAAAAGCAAAACGCCGAAAAGUUGGAGGCGGACAAGAAACUUCUGAUCAGCCAGAAGAAUGAACUCGAGGAAGCCCUCGGCCAAUUUGAAAGCGUUCUCAGCCAUGAAAGACAACAGUGGAUACUUGAACGUCAACGCCUCGAGGAGUGCAUUGCCGAGAUGAAAUAUCAGAACGAGGAGCUCAUUCGGACGUCGACUCUGGAGACCGGCGAGCUUCGGCGGAUGAACACCAUUUUGAGGGACACCGUCAGGGAACUGGAACGCAAUCAACAUGCUCGUGCCUUCUGCUCCAACGCAUCCGACGCCUUCUCCAACGACUUCUCGAAUUUCAAGGAUCUCGGCCUGGAGGACCAAUGGAACGAUGAAUUUGUCCUGAUGAGCAGCGAAGACUUGAAGAUGGAAGAAUCAGAGUCGUUGCAACGACAGGCUACUCCAAGACCCAAUACUUCCUCAACUCAACCAAACACUUCCACGAAGUCCGAUGUCAAGGUCGACGCCGCUUUCAGCUGGGAGACGUUCUACAUGUGCUUACUCUCUGGUGCCUUCAUCAUGUCGCAAGCCGGCUCCAGGGCAGCGAGUGCCGCAUCUUCGGUCGCGGUUGUUGCACCCAAUAUGCCCGCCAUGUCCGACACAUAUCGCGCUGAAGCCGGCAACGUCCUUCAGGCCGUGCUUGCUUCGAGCCCGGAGGUAACCCACGAGGUUCUUCCUAGCCGGCCCGCUCCUUCGCUAGACAGCAACGGUUUUCCCCACGCACUUUCGGAUGUGUCUGGGAUGACCCCUCAACCUUCUGACACUCCACUCGGCAAUCUCCACGCCUCGCUCACCGCCCCAUCUCGUCACCAACAAACUGCAGCUGCAUUCUCCCUCUCGGCCGCUUCAUACAACCACAUUAGUAGUCCUGACUGCGCUUUCGACGACGACGAUGUGGUCGAAGUCAAGCCAACCCGAAUGCAGCAGUUGUUCGCAGAUAUGCAAGCUCAAAGGGAUGGCCUCGAGAAAAUGAGUGGUAUUAGUGGGAAAGCCCGCGAACGGAGUGUGCUCCUCGAACGAGUCCCCGAGAAAGUCCUUCGAGACUUCCGCGAACUGAUUGCCAGGGUCGAGUGA